AGAUGAAGUGAAAAUUAUUCCAGCAUCUUGAUUAUCACGUGACCAACACUAGAGAUUUCGUAACGCAAUUCCAUAACUUCCUGUUAGGAGCAUGUAGGCUCACCGGUGAAUCGUAGAGAAACAACAGAUGAGAAUGGCGUUUGUGCCGAAUGGCGUUGAGAAAGCUAAUCAGCGGAAUACAUCAGAGGCACAUUUCCUAAGCAAAAAAGCCGUGUGGAGACAGUUUCAGCAAUAUGUUGUUGCAUUGAGGCCUUGGUCGUUUACAGCUUCAUUUACGCCGGUAGCUCUCGGUAGCACAUUGGCCUACAAAACAUCAGAGGAGUUUAGCCUAUCAGUAUUCGUCAUCACCUGCUUGACAGCUCUGUCUGUCCAUGCAGCUGGCAACCUUGUGAACACAUAUUUUGAUUUCGUCAGAGGAAUCGACAAGAAAGUCGACAGUGAUGACAGAACUUUGGUCGACAUGAUCCUCACACCAGAUGAUGUAGCAACGUUAGGUGGAGUGUUCUAUAUAUUUGGAUGUUUGGGGUUCUUUAUACUUACUCUCAUAUCCCCUGCAAGGAUGGAACACUUGGCUUUGAUAUACUUUGGAGGACUUUCUAGUAGUUUCCUGUAUACUGGAGGCUUAGGGUUAAAAUAUAUAGCACUUGGUGACAUCUUAAUCAUGUUUACAUUUGGGCCGCUGACAGUGAUAUUUUCCUAUUUAUCACAGACUGGAAACCUUUCCCUAGUUCCUAUGCUCUAUGCAUUUCCACUCGCUCUGAACACAGAAGCCAUACUGCACUGUAACAACACACGAGAUAUGGUAUCAGAUAAGAAAGCGGGCAUCGUAACGCUUGCCAUUUUAUUAGGAAAGACAGGGUCAUAUCUUCUGUAUGUUGUGUUGCUGUUUGCACCAUAUACCAUUUUCUGCCUGAUGGGGAUUCAUUGUUCAAAAUGGAUGUUUCUUCCAGUACUGACAAUUUUUAUGGCUUUUAAAGAAGAUAGAAAGUUUCGCCAAGGAAUCUACAAUCCAAAGAAAACUGCAAAACUGAACCUGUUCCUAGCCUUAUUAUACAUAUUAGGAUGUAUUUUGUCAGACAGACUUGCAUUUAGAACUUUACUAUGAUGAAAGUGUAGAUUUCUCUACUCAGCCAAACACUAGGUAUAAAAAGUGAAACAAGUGAACCCAUCCAUAAUUUCUGCUCUGUGUGACAUAAUCUGCCACAGGAAUACAUGUAAAUGUACAUGCGACACAUAUCUGCAAAGCAGAACAUUUAAUCCAGGACAAGUAUUUUUGCUUCUGGUGUACUUAUUUAUUCAAAUAAAUUAGAUCUUUCCAGCUAUUUCAUUAGAAUUUGUAAAAUGUUCUUUAAAAGAAUGUGCAGAAGUCAUGGAGAGGACAAUUAUUUUAUCAUACUGUUUGCAAAUCCCAAUUAAAUUAUUAAGAAUGUAUUAAAAUUGGGGCGGUAUUAUAACACAUUUUUGUUUCCAGUAACUUUAAUAUGUAACUUGAUAAAAAGCCAACAGUCAAAUAGUUUCAAAGAGCACUGUAUUAUAAUAAGUCUACUUACUUUGACAGAGCAUUUUCAUAAACAAAGACUUGAUGGGUAGACACUAGCUAUGGGCAGUCAGUUUAAAAUCAUAAGGCCAAAAAAAUUUACUUUUGUUUCCGCUAUCUUUCUCAGAAGAAAUAGGGUAGGUAAGGUAGGUAGGCAUUUUUUGUUUAAUUUGGAAAAUAUUUUUAGUAUGCUAACAUAGAGCAAGAGAUCUGACUUGAACAGUGAAUAUCACUAAAUUCCAAUAAAAACUUAAGGGUAGGCACACAAAUUUAGGGUAGGAAUGGUUAGCCAAAACACAAGAUUAGAUUUUCUCAUAUGGCCUAAUCAAUUAUUGAUUUGCAACCGGAAGUAAUAAACUGUUUAAUGAUCGAUUGCAUAAUCAAUUUUUAAUUUUAUGGAAAUAAAGUGAGAACAGGACUGUUACAUCAAUAUAGAGUUGUGACCUAUAUACUGUUAUUACAUUAGGUUUCGUUCUUUUAUAAUGAAUAGGUUUCAAUAUCUGUUAUGCAAUUUUGUCAGCCAUGAAUAGUAAAAAUCAUAAAAAUCAAUUACUUUAAACGCAUUCUUCAAGCAUAUAGAUAUAAUUUCAAGUAGGCAAAACAUUUAACAAAAAAAACACCUAAUUUUGGUAAUCAAUGAACUGACCCAACAAGAGCCUGUCAACAUUAUUCCAAAACAUUUUUUUUGACAUUUAAAUGUUUUCUUUGAUCAUUGGACAGCUUUUGGUAACAAAACCUGCGGGACACAAUCUGUUUCUGCUCCGCAAUUUCAUAUAAACGUGCAAAUAAUGCUUGCAUGCCUGUGAUAACGGGAAAAAGAGCAAGUGAUAUUUCAGCCUAAGUGAAAGUGACUAGUCACUCAUAAUUUGAGUUAGCAUGGACAUGUUUCUCAUAAAAAUUACAAUAUAUACAUCUCGCUUAAAACAAAAACAAAAUUUUAUUUAAUGCAACAAUCCUCUGCUUCAACUAUUGAAGUUAUUCUGUUGGAAAUAUUCUGUUCUUAAGGUAAUUUUAACAGCACAGGCUUUGGGAAUUUAAUUGAUAAAGAAAUGUUGAGUUUGAUAAGAUCACCAUACAUACUACAUAGUUCAUUUCCAAGGGUAUAGAAAAGAUGUAUUUAUACUUAUUUUCCUGGUAUGUAUUUAAAUAACUCGAUGUUGUAUACAGGAUUUGGGUCUGGUAACUGUUGAAAGAGUUAUGGCCCUUUAAUCAUCUUUUAUUCCAAACUUUGUCUGGAAUAUUAUAACUUCAUGUUCACCAAGCUUGCUAAUUUAAGUUUCUUGUGAAGGGAGAUUGUCCUGUAAUGAACCAAUGUAUCGUAUCGUUCACACAGUAUGGAGAAUAAUGAUGUUUUGUUCAGUUACAUGUAUGAUUCUGAAGGUUGUCUGGAAAACAUGAUUCUUUUCCUUUAUUCACCAAACUUUUAUACUUAUGCCUCUUUGAAAACGUGAUUAAAACUGAAAAGAGGAUGGAAAAUUGUGAUCGGUUUAGUUAACUUGUUUUGUGUUUCAAGAUAUAAUUUAGAGACAUAUUCAAUUACAUCUUUUGCUACAAUCACAAAUGCAAAAUUGUUGCGUUAAGCUUAUUUGCUUAAUUAUUGUUGAAGUCUUUGAGAUGUCAAGGUGCAUAGGUUAUUGUUUCUGGUGCUUGUGUUGUGGUUAACUUGUAAGGCGUGCAAGAAAAAAAAUGUAUAGAUAUCUUUGGGUACAGUAAGGAGUGAGUGAGAAUUAAAAACUUGCAUUUGUUUUUCAUUUUACAUCAGUAUUUGAUAUUUCAAAAAAGGCUAACUUGUACUAUUAAUAUAUUUUUUGUUUUAAUUCUGUCCCCUUUUACUAAUAUUUUUGGUUUGGUUAUACAUUUUAAUUUCUAUAUCUUUCUAACUAAUAUUUCAAAAUUAUUUUUCUUUCCCUUUUUACAUAUUUUUUUCCUUUUUGUUUUUGUUUUGUUAAAAUUCCAAUAAUUUGUACAAUAUAUGCCAUACAAAUAUGAACUGUCUCUCUUUUCCAAUAGAGAUUGAAGUUCCAGUUACUGUAGUUAAAUAUAAGGUGAACUGAUCUAUAUCAUUUUACACUCCCUCCAUUUUCCAGUACAAGGUACCCAUUGAGAAAAUUAAAUUAAGUCCUGGUUAAGUUCAUUAUUACUAUAAGUCUGAAAAGUUUGUUUGUCUAGAUCACAAUAUGACAUAUGUACUACAAUAAAUUGCAAUGAACAAUCAAUUUCCAUUCAUGUUUGUUUUCCUGGUAACAACUACUACAGACUCAGCAGUCAAAGAACCUUUUAUUAUUGAUGUUUUUUUCAUAUAUAUAUAUAUAUAUAUUUUUUCUUUUUCCUGUUUCUUUUUUAAACUUCAGAAUUAUCUGUUUAAUGUUGAUGGCAUUUAAUAUGUAAAGAAGUUAUCAACCAAGUUCCUGUAGUAUGGGACUUGACUUUCUCUUAUGUUGUAUAUAUGAAGAAAUAUAUAAUUUUUGUCAUUGUUACUUUCUACAAAAUGUCAUUAGGUUCUUGUUACAUCAAAAAGAACUUUUUAUGCAUAUUUUGAAAAAUAAAAUAGAAUAAAUGUGAUUAUACAAAUCUGGGCAACUGAUGCAGUAUGUCAUAAAAAAAAUAUAAUUGAAAUUCAAAAUAAAAAAAAAAAACCCAGUAAUUGUCAGUUGUAAAUCACUGCUCCAUAAGUAUCCCUGUCCCACUACACAGUACAAUUUAGUUUUUUCUAUCUGCAGUAACCUCCCUUUAACUUUGGCAUGGAUCUAACUGUAGCACAGUUGGGGCAGGAUACUUCUGUUGACCAGGUUACUAUAGACCUGCCAGUUAGAGAUAGCAUCACAUUCUGAAGUCCAGAGUUCGAAUUCUGUCUAGCUUCACAGAUUUUGUUUCUCUCUUAAGCACUGCUGGUGAUUACAUUUUGUUUAGUUCAUUUAAUUAUUAUUUCCUGAAAAAGACUUUUUUUAGAAAUGAAAUGUUGAAGUAAUAGUCAUGCUGGAAACUUUGAUGCUAGUUACAACUUGAAGCAGUGGUACAGGAUCCUUCAGGUAAAACAGAGCACCCAGUGCUCUGUGCUGUAUCCUCAGUAAUGAGGACUUCUUAUUUGUUUUGAAUUUAGUCCAACUUCAAAUUACUCGCCAAUCAAUGAUAUAACAAUGUAAUAUAUAGAGAUUAAUAUACGAAAGAUAUACACAUCAUAAUUUCCUUUUUACAAACUAUCUGGGCAUUAAUACAGGUAUUCCAUCCACAGGCCCCUCAAUGGUAAAGCAGGGAGCUUAUUAAGUCUGCUUCUGGUCAUGAUAUUUGUGGUUUUACAUACUGUUGCAGCUUUACUGAGUAUAACUCCUUAAAUAGACUUGGAAAUCAUAUAGUAAUCUCUGUAUGAAAGAAGAGGAAAUGACCUAACUUUAACAGAAAGAGAACUCCUGAUGGCCUGUACUCACUGAAAUAGGUGAUGGAAUUCUACCUUAAUGUUUAAGCAAUUUAGAAGGAGAGUUUUCAUUAUCACCUUAACCUGUUUGUAGAGCUGUUCUGGUCGGUAUCUUUCGUUAGUAGCUAAAUAUAUGAGAUAUGUUGUGAUACAAAAUGCCGUGACCAUCAGGAACACUAUUGCAAUAUUUGAAACAGGCCUACGGUUUCAUUAAAUACACCUUGAAAGAUGAUGUAACAGUAUAAUUAUUUUUACAUGGUGUUGUAGCCCCGUAAUGCUUUGUCCUGUAUAUUUUUCUUGUGUAAGAGUGUGAUGAAGGUGACAAAAAACUACACACUUAACAAUAAAACAGUUUGAACAUUGACCAUUUGUUGCUUUGUCAUCUUAGUUGAACCUA